AUGGACAACCCUACCCCACAACCGAACCCAAACCCAAAUACAACCGCAGACCCAGUCGCGAACACGCCAGACGAUCAACAACAAAAAGAAGCGCUGGCAGCCUUUACUGCGACACUCCUCUCAGUUGGAACAAACCUCGAAACACCGCUCCGCGACCGCGCAGCAAACAUCCAAUCCAACGCGGCAGCGCUGGAAAGACAAGAAGUCGAGCUAGCGGAAAAUACGCAGCGACUAGCGCGGCAGAAUCAGCAGUGGGUUGGAUUAGCGGAUGAGACGCGCGAGGGGUUAAAGGAGAUUGGGGAUGUACAGAAUUGGGCGGAGAUGAUUGAGCGCGAUUUGCUGGCGUUGGAGGAUAUGAUGGAUGAUGUUGAGAGGGGUCAUGGGGAACAUGGGAAUGAGGAUGAUGAGGACCGAGAGGAUAGUGAUACGGAACUGAAUGGGGGUGUUGGGGGUGUUGGGAAUGGCAAUUCAAAUGGGCAGAAUGGACAUGUUGAUGUUGAUGCUAAUGGGAAGAAAGUAGAUCAGCCCGCGAAAGGGUGGUUGCGAUGGUGGUGA